CAAAAAAAAGGUUCAAUACCGAGAACAUUAUACCGACAACAUGUCCUCGGUAUAGACAUUUCAUAUGCGCGGGACAUUUUCGCGGUUCUGAAUAGGUUUAGUUGCUAUACCGAGGACCUAUACCGAGAACAUGUUCUCGGUAUAGGGUUUAUAAAUAUCACACUCAGCCGCGAAGCCCCUUCUCCUUCCUCUCUGGUUUCUCUGGGUUUUCUCCGAAACCUCCGCCUCCCUCCGCCGAUUAUAGUCGUUUUCCUCCAUAAAAGCUCGGUUUUAAGCCCCAAAAUUGCCAAGGGUGAAGGAAUUUCUGUGUAUUUGUUGAAGGUUGGGUAUUCGGUUUUUGUUGGAUUAUAGGGAUUGCUAGCAAGAUAUUGAAGGCAUUGUGCUACAUUCAUACAAUGUCGAUCGACAAGAGUUGGAUUAAUUUGACAGAUCGAUUAUCCGAUGAGUAUGAGGCUGGUGUGAUGGAUUUUCUCCAGAGAGCCCGGCAGUGCGUUGACUCAAGGGGAUUGGUGAAAUGUCCGUGUAGGAGGUGUGUCAACGUUGAAUUUCAGACAAUUGAUGUAUUAGAAAAUCAUCUUUUUGUAAAUGGUUUUCUACGGAAAUAUACCAAUUGGCAUUGGCAUGGAGAGGAUGAAAUAAUACCAAUGAGAGCUCGGAUAGAUCAAAAUGAUGAAGAUGAGAUGAUGGAUGUUCUCACUGAUCUUAUGCAAAAUGACAAUGACGAACAAGCGGAGAAUGAGCGCGGUCAAGAGAUACCUACAACUGACUACAGGAGUGGGCAACAUUAUAACGAUUUGUUUGCUGAGAUCGAGGCUCCAUUAUUCCCCGGGUGUCAAAAUUACACUUCAUUGAAUUUCCUAGUGAAGUUAAUGCAUUUCAAAGUGUUGGGAAAAAUUCCCAACAAAAUAUUUGAUGGAAUGCUGGAGUUGUUACAUGAUGCAUUUCCAGCCCCAAAUAAGCUUCCAAAAUCGCACUAUGCAGCGAAAAGGUUGUUGCGGAAACUUGGAUUGGGCUACGAGUCAAUCCAUGUCUGCAAGCAUGAUUGCGCACUGUUUUGGAAAGAACAUGCUGGAAAAAGCAAAUGUCCUGUUUGUGGAGAGGAUCGAUGGGUGGACAAGAACACCAAGGGAAAGAAAGUGCCUCAUAAAGUGAUGCGUUAUUUUCCUUUAACCCCUAGGUUAAUGCGAAAAUAUGCAUCGAGGCACAUUGCUCAACAUAUGAGAUGGCAUCACGAGCAACGUAUAAAAGAAGAUGGUGUAUUGCGUCAUCCUGCUGAUGGGAAAGCUUGGAAGGACUUUGACCGAAAUAAUCCAACAUUUGCAAUGGAACCCAGGAAUGUGCGGCUUGGAUUGGCUGCAGAUGGAUUCAAUCCCUUUGGUAAUAUGAGUCUGUCUUAUAGUAUGUGGCCAGUAGUGUUGACGACAUAUAACUUGCCACCAUGGUUGUGCAUGAGAGAAACUAAUUUCAUGUUGAGUUUAUUAAUUCCGGGACCUCAUUCGCCAGGAAAAGAUUUUGAUGUUUUCUUAAGACCAUUGAUUGAUGAGUUAAAAGAAUUAUGGGUGACUGGUGUACAGACUCGAGAUGCAGUCGAUGGCAGUUUCUUCACUCUUCGGGCAGCUUUGAUGUGGACUAUAAACGAUUACCCAGCAAGGAGUAGCCUUUCUGGAUGGACUGCUCAAGGUUAUCAUGCUUGCUCUACUUGCAAUGUGGCAACACCAUCUAUUCGUUUACAAAAGAAGGUUGCUUUUUAUGGUCAUAGACAUUUUUUACCAAUCAGACAUGUCAUUAGAAGGGACAAGAAGACAUAUGGUGUCGUUGAAAAGAGAUUACCACCACAGCCAUUAACCAUGCAAGAAAUGUUCACACAAAUGAGUUUUAUACCUGAUUCUCUUCCUGGUAAGCAUGUCAGUUAUGGCGGCCAAAAAAGAAAGCGUACAAAAGAGCAAGUUGGUUGGCGGAAAAAAAGUAUAUUUUUUGAGCUCCCAUAUUGGGCCAACAUAAUGCUGCGACACAAUCUAGAUGUUAUGCAUGUUGAGAAAAAUGUGUGUGACAGUUUAGUAGGCACAAUAGUUGGGCUGGAGAAUAAGACCAAAGACACAGUUAGUGCCAGAGUAGACUUGGAGAAGAUGAAGAUGAGACCAGAGUUACAGCUGAGGAAGUUGAAUGGUCGGAUACAAAAGCCUGCGGCCAAAUUCACUUUCACUGUUGAAGAUCGCCAAAAGUUUUGUCGAUUUCUUAAAUCAGUGAAGUUUCCAGAUGGUUUUGGAUCUAACCUAAGGAAAAAUGUGAUUGACAAUGACAAUAAGAUAACUGGUUUGAAAUCGCAUGAUUGUCACAUCAUUAUGCAACGCCUUUUGCCAGUUGGUGUGCAUGCAUUCCUAGAGAAAUCAAUGAGUACAACUAUUAUUGAGUUAUGCACUUUCUUCAAGCUCAUUUGUGCGAGAACUCUAAAAGUCUCAGAUUUAGAAAAAGUCCAAACUUCAAUUGUUGAGAUUGUUUGCAAGUUAGAGAAUAUUUUCCCACCUGCUUUUUUCGAUAUCAUGGUCCAUCUACUAAUGUUGCAAUUGAGGAGGAGAGGGAGGAGGAAAUGGAAGAAGAAGAGGAGGAGGAGGAAGAGGAAGUGGAGGAGGAGGAGGAGGAGGUUGAAUAUGAAGAUGAUGAAGAGGAAGAUGAACACAUAGAAACCGAUGAUGAUAGUGAAGAUUAUUAUAGUGAUAAUUAAGUGAUAUGGCUGAUGUUAUUGCUCAAUCUCACGGGGGUGAUGGUGGAGGAUGCGAUCCUCCACGUGGACCGGCAGAUAUCCCAGCUGAUUGUGAACGAGGUAAUAUUUUACACAUUGAUAUACUCCUUAAAAUUUAACAAUUAAUCCAUAUUAAUUUU